GCUGGCAUGCCGGUCAUUCGGUGGCACAUCUGGUAACCUUGGGAAUAAUAGUGUGAGGGCUGGCGUUUUUAGAGGCUUUCUCCCCCUCCUCAUCAUGAGACGAUGAAAAUGACCGGCAUUUGAGCUGAGAUCGGCGGCCACAAAACGACGACGACGAAGACGACGCAGAGGCUGAGGACCAAUCGCGAUGGGUUCAGAGCAGUGUCACUCGGACAACGCGCAUCAGACUUUAGGCAUCCUAUCUACCUUCCUAAUCGGCGGGGUGGUGCUAGGCCUCUCCGCCAUCGCCUUCUUCCUUACCCGGGCAGAGGCAGGGCGGAGCAAGAGCAAAAAGAAGAGGCCGAUCAGGGUGUACAUGGACGGCUGCUUUGACAUGAUGCACUACGGCCACUGCAACGCCCUCCGUCAAGCUCGCGCCCUCGGCGACCAAUUAAUCGUCGGCGUCGUUAGCGAUGCCGAAAUCAUAGCCAAUAAAGGCCCUCCCGUGACUCCUCUCAACGAGAGGAUGAUUAUGGUUAAUGGCGUGAAGUGGGUAGACGAAGUUAUUUCUGAUGCACCAUAUGCCAUCACAGAAGAUUUUAUGAAGAAACUUUUUAGUGAGUACAAUAUAGAUUAUAUUAUUCACGGAGAUGAUCCAUGCCUUCUUCCUGACGGGACUGAUGCAUAUGCCCUUGCCAAGAAGGCUGGACGGUACAAACAGAUCAAGCGCACAGAAGGAGUCUCAAGCACUGAUAUUGUUGGUCGAAUGCUUCUUUGCACGAGAGAGAGGUCCACUGGUGACACCCCUAAAAAUGCAUCGUUGCAAAGACAAUUUAGCCAUGGAAACAACCAAAAAUCUGAAGAUCGUGCUCAUGGGAGUGAAACCCUGAUAUCUCAGUUUCUACCCACUUCUCGUAGAAUAGUGCAAUUCUCCAAUGGGAAGGGACCUGGGCCUGAUGCUCGCAUAGUUUAUAUUGAUGGUGCCUUUGAUCUUUUUCAUGCUGGACACGUAGAGAUAUUAAGGGUUGCGCGGGCACGUGGUGAUUUUCUACUUGUUGGCAUUCAUACUGAUCAAACAGUCAGUCGACACAGAGGUGCACACCGUCCAAUAAUGAAUCUUCAUGAGAGAAGCUUAAGUGUUUUAGCAUGUCGCUAUGUCGAUGAAGUGAUAAUUGGUGCUCCAAGGGAGGUUUCGAAAGAUAUGAUAACAACCUUUAAUAUCUCUCUAGUUGUCCAUGGGACAGUAGCUGAGGAUAAUGAUUUUCAGAAGGAAGAGGGAAACCCAUAUGCUAUUCCAAGAAGCAUGGGCAUUUUUGAAGUACUUGAGAGUCCUUUGGACAUUACAACUAGCACAAUAAUACGGAGAAUUGUAUCAAAUCACGAGGCUUACCAGAAGCGGAACGAGAAGAAAGCAGAAAGUGAGAGGAGGUAUUAUGAGGGAAAGACAUACGUUACUGAUUAGCUGAUUUUGAAUAGGUAACUAUGACUUUUGAGAGAGUACUAUUAUGGUCUUUUAUUCCCACCUUUCUGUUGCUUAUAUGUAGAGUUGAUUUGAUGCCUUUGUAUAUGGUGUAUGUCAGUGUAUGCUGACGAGGCGGGGCUAUACCGCACAUUUAGUGUUGGCCAUUGCUGUUGAAGAUCUUUGUUCUCUUGUUUAUUUCUGGGGUCUGUUUUUUCGCUCCACUCUAUUGAUACCUUAUCUGUAUUCUUUAGCCUAUACCUAUGUCACAAUCUGAAGUAGAUAGCCACUUCAGCUUGAAAAGAAAUUUAGUGUUUAUAGGGGAGCAUGUUCCCAAUGAAGGUAAACCUUAGUUGCUGAAUUUUUCAAAAAUUUUGUACCCAAUUCAUCUGUAUAUUUAUAUAAGUAUGUAAGAGUGUUGAUAUUUAUUGAGAUGCAUAUUCUGAUUCGAGUGAAUAACUUU